AUAUACUAAUUCCAAGACAGUGGGUUCGAACGAUUAUAGUCAAGACUAUAGCUUUGAGGAUGAUGGGUCAGUCUUCGGCUGUUCCCUUAUGGGUGUAUACUUAUGGUUCGCCGAUCAAUCUCUCCCGACAGAUAUGAUGAGGACUCUGAAGAUGGGAUCGUCGACGAAACUGAUGAGCUUCUUUUUGGCGACGAAGACGAACACCCCAACUCACCAUCACAUGUUCCUGCAUCUUAUCCUCGGUCUUCCCCACCGCCACAGAAUACUUCCCCUGUGUCGUCUUCCACGUCGGAGGAAGAAGAUGAAGAUGAAGUCCUCGAGAUGCGUGUUAGGCAUGCUAACUCCGGGGCCAUGCUACCUCCCCGAUCAUCCUCGCAUUCUUCUUCAUCGACCUCCUCCUCUUCCUCGCGGUCCCGUCCACCCAAAGCUCGUUCCGCGUCGUAUACGCAUCACACGAAUGGUUCCUCGGUCCAUCAUAGACGAACCACUGCCGGUGCCAUCAUGCACACGCACAGUUCAGACAAGGAGCUUGUCACUAUCGCGCUCAUUGCACCAACUAUCUUGAAGACUAGGGCGGAAGAGGAUGAGCACUACCCGUAUACCCAUUCCCAUGGUUAUCCUCAUCCACCUUCAAGUGACAAGUGGUAUGCCUACGGUGGGCAGGAGUCACCCGUGGAGCUUGUUUACGUACCCACAAGCUAUAUUUGUGCGGACAUUGACGGUGUAGACGGCGACGGGGUGGUCGACGACAUGAUGGCCGAGCGAUAUCAUAAGAGCUUGAAACCAGCCCAGUUUUUCGACCGCCCUAUCGUCGCAUCUCCACUUCCGGAUGAGGAUGUACCAAUGAAGGAGGUUGAUACUCGCACAUACUUUGAGCAGCAGGAACUUGUCGAGCCUGGGGCUGAAGGCCCAGAGAGCGGACUCCGCUCCUCCCACGGUGGCACAAGGAACAUUCCUAUUGUGCAGAAUUUUGGGCGAAUUGGGCGACCUGAAGUCGUCGUGAGCUCUGAGGAUACCUCUGGAGAACGUUUAUCGCGUUCCGGCUCAAGAUCUCGUUCCAGAUCAAAAUCUCACUCCAGGUCUCGCACACCAUCGCCUUCGUUGGCAUCCAUACAGAUGCCUCCCCAAAGUACAGCAGUCCCUGUACCCAGGUCUAGCUCGUUUUCCUCCCCAUCCGGAUUGCUUCAGCCACCUGACGCGCCUCGUGGCCGGUCUGCGUCGUCAUCGACAUUGUCCUCACAGGCCGAGGGGCAGCAGGCACGAGGACGGAGUAUCACGCGGACAUCUUCGUUCUCAGAUCGUGACAGUGAGAGUACGGAAAGCUUUGGGAACCUCAGCCCUGACGGUGGUUUUGGACUGGCAAUCGGAAUUGGCAGUGCUUAUGUAGGUGGACGAGAUCGGGACGCGCGCAGCGAUCGCCAAAGGGAGGGAGUCGUACGCAUUGUGGAGCGAGGUCGGGAUCGUGUUGGGCGCCGAACAAAUUCGAAUUCGGGCUCGGGUUCAAGUCUGAGCCCAGAGGAUCCACGGGUACCUACUGUGGUUACAGCCCCACCAGGGUCACCGAAGAAGAAGUUCACCUCUGCGUCAUCCUCGUCUUCUGAUUCUUCAACGAUAUCAGCUGUUUCGGUGUCGACUAUGCGCCCGCCAUCUCGGCUUGUGUUGGACACGGAGCCUAGUACGCAGACUGAUUUGACUGAAGCUGCUUCUGCCUCUGCCACUUCUGUAUCAUCCUCGUCUACAGUCAUACCCCCUACACCUAAUCAAGCGCAGGCAAUCAAAGAAGAGCAAGAGUGCAUCUCGCGACAACCUACGCCUGCCAACUCACCCAUCCUGACUAUGCGCCCGGCCUUUCCCUCCCCGAAAUCUCAUUCCACUGCGAGCUCGUCACGGCAUGAUCGUAAGCUGUCGGCUGGUACGUCGAGAAGUCCUACAAGGGCCGACGAUCGACAGCAGGGUGGUCUCGUUGAGCGCGCUGUCGAGAUCAUGUCGAACGCAGGUGCCUUCCUAAAUUCCUUCUGGCAUAGUGGCGCACAAGCGAGCGUUGCCGCGCCGUGAUUCUCGUUUCGAAGUCUGGAGCCGCCAAACGUCAAUGCGCCACCCACGGCAAGCACAACAUGUCAAUCCCCUCCGUCUCCCCCAACUUUGACGCCUAAUCACAUGAUUUACUUAUAACCGGUAUUUUGGAACUAUUUCAUCUUCGCUGGGUCUCAUUGUCCAUCGCUCGUGGUUUUUCGCGUCUUCUCUUCUAUCUUGGCUCUCCGUUGUGU